UGUGCUGCUUGGGCCGGGGAGUGAAGUAUUUCAACAUGCGCAUCAGCAGUGACUAGCCUUGUUUGUAGGCUAGCUCUUCAACAAAUGCUGAAUGGGCUGGACAUGUUUUUGACCCAGAGAAGAUGUCUGAGGUUUUUUGUUUAUGGAUACUGCAUCUCAGUUGAUGCCUGUCAAUGAUUCCAAGCCUCCUUUUGACUUAUUUAUAGAGUCUUAGCUAGUAUCUUUGCUUCUCCCUGUGUUCUACAACAGUGUAACUGAAGUGAACUGAACAGCCUCUUCAACAAUCAGUGCAACCCAUUCUAGGUGUGACUGUGUGAGGCUGUCUGUCUGCGAGGUGUACCUGGGGCAUCUUGGCUGAGAACAGGAGAAAACCGAGUGAACAGAACAAGGAUCUGAGCAUGGUUCAUGCUGCGGCUAUGGCUCAGGGGAAGAAGAGACCAGCAGUCCCCCCUCCUGAUGGGGGCUGGGGCUGGGUGAUCGUGGCCGGCUGCUUCAUGGUCACUGUUUGCACACGUGCCGUCACUAGGUGCAGCCUCUCUGCAGACUCGGACGUAGGAGCUUGUGGUUCAUUACCCCCCAAGCAGGCGUUCUUCCCACACGUCCCAGGCUUUUUACAGCUCUCCCCUCAGCUUCGUGAUUACACAAUUCAUUACGGUUGCAUCGCUCCCUCCGACCGCUCAGGUCAUCACCAUGUCUAGCUGGAAAAGAGUAAUUACAUAAUCGAAGAAACCUCAGUGUGUUCUGAGAACACCAGAAAUGAUGCAUCUCAAUUUUUUUUGUGGAGUUUCAGAUGCACUUUGGUGGGGACUAUUCAGGGACAGCCUGGAUCCACAGUCUGGUGGACUGCACCACUAUGCUAUGUGCUCCUCUAGGCAGCUUCAUUGGGAACCGUCUCUCGUGCCGCAUCGCUGUGAUCCUUGGGGGCUUCCUGUCCUCCAUCGGCCUGGUCCUCAGCUCUUUCGCUACCAGCCUGGAGUACCUGUACCUCACCCUGGGGGUCCUCACAGGUAUUGGAUUUUCCCUCUGUUACACCCCUGCCAUUGCCAUGGUGGGGUCAUAUUUCUGUGAGAGGAAAGCCCUGGCGUACGGGAUCGCCAUGUCAGGCAGUGGCAUCGGGACCUUCAUCCUGGCCCCUGUGGUCCAGCUGCUUAUAGAGCACUACUCCUGGCGCGGGGCCCUACUCAUCCUGGGGGGCGUUGUCUCCAAUCUGUGUGUCUGUGGGGCCUUACUGCGCCCUAUCACUCUGAAAGAAGAAGAGGAGGCCCAUGGUCCGGUCCCAUUGGAUACCGACUGUGGAUAUAGGGUCAAAGCUCAGGUGGUGAGCACGUUAGAGGAACCUCUGGCGAUUAACAACAGCAAAGGCAGCCGCUGCUUCAAGUCUAUGCAGGAGUACCGCUUCCUGCUGAUGCCUGACUUCCUGAUGCUGGCGGUGAGCUUCUUGUUUCUAGCCAGCGGCUGCAGCCUGCCGUUCGUCUACCUUGUGCCCUACGCACUGGAUGUGGGCGUAAGCCACCACCAGGCCGCCUUCCUCAUGUCUAUCCUGGGGGUCAUAGACAUCGUGGGGAACAUCACCUUCGGCUGGCUCGUAGACAGGAGGUGCCUGAAGAAGUAUCGUAAUGUGUGCUACAUGAUAGCAGUGGGCAUGGAGGGACUUUGUUGCCUCUUCAUCCCUCUCCUGCGGACGUUCGCCCUGCUGGUGCCUUUCUCUGUGCUUUAUGGGUACUUCGAUGGCGCCUACGUGGCCCUCAUACCUGUGGUGACCUCAGACAUUGUGGGGACAACUAACCUCUCCUCCGCUCUGGGGAUUGUGUACUUCCUACAUGCCAUUCCUUACCUGCUCAGCCCUCCAAUAGGAGGCUGGCUAGUUGACACCACAGGCACCUACACGGCCACCUUCUUCCUCAGUGGCUUUGCCCUCAUCUCCAGCUCCCUGGUCAUCAGCACAGUGACUGGAAUACGCCACUGUCGCAGGACCCAAAAGCACAGAAAAAACAAUAAAGACACAGACCCCAAACAGGAUCCUUGCCAAGGCAGCCGAUCAGACUUCUACAUAGCCUCAAGUAAAGAUGUGAACCCUUCAAUCAACACAGCAAAUUCUUAACAUUGGACGCUUUUGCGUAGUUUUGCAUUUGUUUUGUUGGAAUACCAAAGUAUAUUGAAGAUUAUAAGAAACGAUGGUCAAUUGGUACACAUAAUCUAGCGUGAUAGUUCAGAAAGAAUUCUGCCGGAACCAGAACAGCUUCAGCUGAAUUAUGGAAUUUCCCUGAUGAUCUCUCUAUCAAAGCUGUGAUAUUAUUGCUCAUUUUAUGUGCCUUUCUCUUUCAGGGUUUCCAUGUCUGUCAAUCCAAAUGUAACGGAAGAAGUUGAUCAAUUUCAAUAUCUGAAGAUUCAGACAGGGUGUUUGAAAUAGAUUAUUUCUGAAGACAACAGUCUUCCCAGUUGUUUCGUUAAUACUUUAUAUUGACAUGGGAGGGCAGUCAUAGUCUUUCACUCCUUUGUGAACGACUAUGAUCUAUUGAAAUGAAUGAUAAUGGAAACUUCCUUCAGACGGGAACGUAGAAGUUAAUAAUGAAUUCGUCAUUAUUCAUUUAUAAAGGUAUAUGCAUUUUCGUACCAAUUUCCUAUACAAUAAUUGAUGACAUUAAAAGACAGGAUGAUUUGCUUUA